UAGUAGUGCGUCCGACUUGCGUUUAUACAAGACCACAAGUUACCGUACUGAAUCCGGUGACGGCGGCCAUGGAACACGGCCGGGAUUCAGACAAUCCAGUCAGUUUGAUAUGCAGCGAAUUCAACUCUUUAAACCCAGAUGAUAAACUCCACGAUUCUUGUCAAAUCACAAUAUCAACGUCCGAGAUCAGCAACUGGAACUUGCCUUCAAUUCUUUCUCACAAACUCCUUAGAAUCCAAGUCAAUCCCCACAGGCUCAUUGAAGAAUCCUCCUAUUUUCGUGGACUCCUAGGUGGAAGCUUUAGUGAAUCUUGCCUCGAUUCUGUAUCAAUAGAAUGGAGUGCGGAAUCAUUUGUGACUGUUUUAAGGAUCGUGUAUGGAUGCGAAGUGGAGAUUUCCUCUAACAGUUUUGUUUCUUUGAAUGAGGCAGCUUUGUUUUUUGGGGUGGAUAAACUUCUAGACAAGUGUAGACUAUGGUUAGCUGAAGUGACUACAUACACCGAGCAUCAAUCACCACAACUAUUUCUAGAUGACUUGAUUCGCAUCUGGAAGUAUGGUUUUGAGCGCGCAAAUGAUUUCAUCCUACAGCUCUGCACAAGCUAUCUGGCGAGGAACUUUAUGUGGGCACUAUCUUUCAACUGUUACGCUGAUGUCCCAUACAAACUACUUUACUCCUGUAUCCGGCAUCCCGACUUAACUGUGGACAGUGAGAGGCAUUUUGCUGAUGCAAUUCUAGUUUGGCUCAAUGUGAAUGCCAUCGAAUCAGAGGACUGGAGUAGCAAUGACUUGUGUCGCCAGAUACGGAUAAGCCUCCUGCCCAUGUGGUUUGUUGCUGGAAAACGAAGGUGCCGAUUCUUUGCAAAGUUCGCUGAUGAAGCAACUAGAGCGAUUCUUAGGAUACAAAGACACCAUCCUACAGCCUUGACAGAAAUCUUUAGAGAAGGCGAGUUGAGUCAGAUUAGAGUUCGUUUAACAAAAUAUACACAGAAAGUGGAUAUUUCCGGUUGCCCACAUAUUACGUCGGGGCUAUUUCUUCUAUCCGUUCGCCCUUUAUCAAAUGCAGAUAGAAUUUGGAAAAAGAUCGCUAAGAAGUCUUACAUUGAUCAUGUAAAGACUGGUGGGGAUGAUUUGAAGACCUUGCUGGAGCUGGGACAGAUCACAAUUUUUGAAGGAGUGCAGGAGUUAGAUAUUUCAAACUGCCCCUCUUAUUGCCUGGAGUCGGCAAUUGAGAUUUUGCACAAGUCAUUUCCAUCGUUAAGAUCAUUAAGGGCGGCAUAUUUUCUGAACUUCAAUGCUAAGAAAUUACAUCAGUUAGUGCAGAAGUUCCCUCUACUGACCACAAUUGACCUGACUUUGGAUGUUGACCCUGUUAUACCUACAAAAGUAUCUGUUACGGUGUGCUCAUCAGUUCUGACACCAGAGAAAUCAACACCAACACCACGGUAUGACAUAUAUAAUCGCCAGUCUACUGCUUCAUUAUACAAUAUUAUAUCCGGGCCCUUGCCAUCAAAUAUCAGAAAACUCACUUUGGAGGGUCGAACUGAAAUUACUGAUUCUGAACUACUUAGCAUAUCAGAAAUAUGUUGUUCCUUGAGUUAUGUCAACAUAAAAGGGUGUACAUUAGUUACAGACCAUGGAAUAUCAAGGAUGAUUCUAAACUGCAAUGAGCUAUGUUCAAUUUUAGCAUGUGAUACUUCUUUCGUCAACCAUUCUGCUCUGGCACUUUGUUCCAGCAAUCCAAGCAAGACACAGGAAAGUGAAAACGCACGCAAACUUCUUACCUUGCACAUUGGCCGCUGCGGUAUUGCAGAAAAUAAUUUAUCUGAGCUUCUGUCCAAAUCAGACAAUUUGAGGAGCCUAUGUCUUAGAGAAACUCAACUUCUUGACACUUCUCUUUACAAGUUUUCAGGGGCCUCCUUAGAAAUGCUUGAUGUUUCUGAUACCAAGGUUUCCUCUGCUGCUUUACUUCAUGUUAUAAGUAGAAAUGCCAAACUAAAAUCUUUAAAAACAAGAGGCUGUAGCGAUAUCUUGCAACAGGAAAGUGAAACUAAACUAAGAAAGUUGUGCAUGUCAAAAAACACCUUAGAAGAACUUUAUGCGGUGCUAGGCAAGUCCUGCAAACUGGAGGAGCUUGAACUUGGAUGGGGAUUUUCAUAUUUCUCCCUUGGUUCCCUUAAACAAGGACUUAAGGGAUUGAGAACCUUGGUUGUCGGUUUAGGUGGAUCGUUGGGCCCUGAUGGAUUGGAUCUGUUACCCCUUUUCUGCCCAAUGCUGGAGACAUUGAUUCUUUAUUUUCAGGUGAUAUCUGAUUCUGCCAUAAUCAACAUAAUACAAAACUUGCAACAUUUGCAAAUCCUAUCUCUGUGCUAUUGCUUUGGAGGCAUAUCCUCAUUAAGCUUUAAGACUAGGAUACCGAAUUUGAGGAGCUUGAAACUUGAAAGAGUAACACCAUGGAUGACUAAUGAAGAAUUAGCUAUCCUGGCUAAGAGUUGUACUGAUUUGGUCACAUUUUCAUUGGUGGGAUGCCCAUUACUUGAUUUUGAAGCACAAGCAAUAAUUUCAAGUGGCUGGCCAGGGUUAACAUCUCUCCAUCUUGAGGAAUGUGGAGAAUUGAGUGUUGAUGGUGUGACAUCUCUCUUGGACUGCCAUGCCCUUGAAGAUCUUACAAUACGUCACAGUGGACCUGGAAUUGCAAGAGACUUCAUUAUUCAUGCUGCAUCCAGGUUGCCAAUGCUCCGAAAAGUAUCGAUUGAUGUAUGUGAUGCAAAGGAUGGUGAUUUUGAUCUGCCAAGCUUUGGUGAGAGAUGCUCUCUAAGAAGCGUGAAGAUUGCACGGUGUAAGCUUCAAAAGAGCGCGUUAGAGCUGCACAACUUGGAGGCUCGGCGAACUCCUGUGCACAAGGAAACCUUGGUGCUGUUUUGGGACAGCCAGAAACUUGUCACAAGAGUGGUAAAGGAAAGAUUAUAGAUUUUGCCUGAUUGAUCCUAAUUACUAGUAAAACACAUACAAAUUACAACUCUGUUGUAACAUAUAUCGGUAAAGUACGAAAGAUUUUUCGAUUUAUACAUUCUGCUUAUUGAUUUCUUGGUGGUUUCCCCCCUAAAAUAAAUACUAUUGGAAUUUGGAAGAGUA